AUGUUAUUUAAUCAAUUCCAGCUGGAUUCUGAAGGAUACAGUAAAGAUUCGACAUGUCUGACUCUCAUAUUAAGAGAAGAAGAUCAUACGAUUGGGAAUUCGCUCAAGCACAUUCUUUGUCGCAUGCCUGGUGUCGAAUUCUGUGGAUACAAUGUGCCACAUCCACUUGAGGACAAAAUUUUGCUGCGGUUACAAACGAAAGAUGGUGUGGUAGCUGGCACCGUUCUCUUGGAAGCGCUUACUCAUUUAGAAACGGUAUUUCGACUUUGA